AUGGCUGAGGCCGCUGGACUCGCCUUCGGCAUCUUGGGCGCCUUCAAUGAUGCCAUCCAGUGUUUUGAAUAUGUCCAACUAGCCCGCAACUUCGACCAAGACUUCCAGACGGCCAUUCUCAAGCUCGACAUUGCAAAGCUCCGACUCUCUCGAUGGGGUCAAUCAGUGGGACUAGAUCAGGUCGUGGAAGGCACGCAAUCUCUCCCAGGCGUGUCUGGAUCUGCCGAUGAUCAUGAGAAAGCCAAAGAAUUGCUCGACCAGAUUGUGGGACUGUUCGAGGAUGCCGAACGCACGUCGGCCAAGUUGAAACCUCUGGGGAGUGAUACCAAGGUGUAUGACACCAACCAUGAUUUGGAUGAGGCUACAACGUCGCUCCACAAGAGGCUGGAGAUGCUCUCACUCAAGCGGUUCAAGCCAGGGAAUAUAUUGAAGAAGGCGAAAUGGGCUCUGCACAAGGAGAAAUACUUCAACCGCUUGAUCCAGGAUACGACCGAACUGGUCAGCGGGUUGAUUGAGCUUUUCCCCGCGGCCCAGCCCAAACAGAAACAUCUAUGCGAGGAGGACGGGUCUGAAUUAGCAUCGGACCAGAACGCGUCGCUCAUCGCGCCCAUCGUCGCUGAACAAGAUCCUGAGCUCAGUGCUGCCAUCAAAUCUCAGCAUUCCGCGGGAGCACAAAACUUUAACAUCACCUUUGCUGGGAGUCAUAACUAUGGCCUUCAGCAAGGCUACUUCUCAGGCCAACAGACCAACAAUUUUGGAGCUCAACCCUCACCGCCUCCACGCCCGCCUCCUCCCCCGUCAGCUAGCAUCCCUUUCCGCCGCGAUCGCGAUUGCGAUUUCGUCGAACGUGACGUCCUUAACGAUCUCUGGCAACGGGCCUCCGAGCCGGCGGCACGAAUUGGGCUCGUCGGUCUCGGUGGAGUCGGAAAGACGCAGCUAGCGAUUGAAUAUGCCUACCGCGUUCGAAAUGAGUACCCCGACAGGUGGGUAUUCUGGGUGCAUGCGAACAGUGCGGCCCGAUUCGAGGAGAGCUACAAAAAGAUUGCGGAGCGGGUGCAGUUAGCAGGAUGGAACGAGCCGAAAACGGAUAUUCUGGGGAUGGUGUAUACAUGGCUCUCUAACGAGGACAACGGGCGAUGGGUGAUGGUGAUAGACAACGCGGACAGCCCUGAUGUGAUGUUCGAGCCGCGGGACUGUGCAGGUCGUACGCCCGGACAACCGAUAACGGCCUUGUCUUCCACCAGUCAUUCCUUGUCAGACUAUCUCCCCUCGUCAGCGAAUGGGUCGAUUGUGAUCACAUCCCGCAGCCGAGAAGUCACCACGGGACUGGUCGAGUACGAGGAGGAUAUCCUGGAUGUGUCACCAAUGGCUGAGGCGGAGGCGGUUACUCUCCUUACAAGGAAGCUCAAGAGACAGGACGUAAACACCAUCUCCCACGGAGACUUGAGACGUCUCGUGCGACGGUUGGACUACAUCCCGCUAGCCAUUACCCAAGCAGCUGGUUAUAUCAAUCAACGGGCUCCGCGCAUGACGGUGUCUAAAUAUCUGGAGAUUUUAGAGGGCGGCGACCAGGAACGAAGUAAGCUCCUACUGACGGAUAUUCGAGACCCGCGACGAGACGGUCAGGCGUCGAAUUCGGUCAUUGCGACAUGGCAUAUCUCAUUCGACCAUCUAUGGCAUAGCCGACAUUCAGCGGCGCGACUUCUCUCGCUCAUGAGUCUGUUCGACCGUGAAGGCAUUCCUGAUUAUCUCCUCCAAGAUCGGUAUCUCGACGACCAGUCGGAGGAGGCGGAUUUUGAAGAGGAUAUCGCGACAUUGACGGCAUACAGCUUAAUUGGCGUCGGCUCAACGAGCAACGUCUUUGAGAUGCACCGACUGGUGCAGUUUUCGACGAAGACGUGGCUCGAAGUUCGUAACGAGUUGACUCCAUGGCAGGAGCGAUAUGUUGACAUUCUCGGGGCGGUAUUCCCCACCGGGGACUUCGCCAACUGGCCGACAUGCCAGAUCCUAUUCCCACACGUCGAAGCUACGAACGGAUAUCAACUGACGAGCAAGGAGCAUCUUCUCAUGUGGGCGACCAUUCAACACCGGGGGGCAUGGUAUGAACUGGAAGUCGGGCGGUAUGGAGUGGCGGAGAAAAUGGUGCGAAGUAGCUUUAUGGCUCGAGAGGCGAUUUUAGGCUCAGUGACGCUCGAACGUUAG